AUGGAGCAGCCGGAGGCGACCACUUCAUCGGAGGUGGGCCCCGCGAAACCCGCGGCGGUCCCUCCGAAACGGUUCGUCCGCAACCAGGUGCCGGAGAACAUCAUGAACGACCCGCAGCUGUCGGCCGCCAUUUCCGUCCUCCCGUCCAACUACAGCUUCGAGGUGCAGAAGACGGUGUGGCGGCUCAGGCAGGCGAAGGUCAGGUCCCUCGCGCUGCAGUUCCCGGAGGGCCUGCUUCUGUACGCCACAUCCUUGGCCGACAUAUUUCAAACCUUCGUGGACACCAUCGAGGACGUGGUAAUCCUCGGCGACGUGACGUACGGCGCGUGCUGCAUCGACGACUACACCGCCGCCUCCCUGGGUUGCGAUUUUCUCGUCCAUUACGGGCACUCGUGUCUCGUUCCGGUGGAUGUCACCGGCUUGCCGUGCCUCUACGUCUUCGUGGACAUCAAGUUCGACGUCGCACACCUGGUGGAGUGCGUGAAGCACAACUUCGAGGCUGGAUCGGACAUCGCUCUCGCGGGAACCAUCCAAUUCGCAUCCGCGGUGCAGGAGGUUCGCGAGACGCUCGCGAGGUCGGGGUUCCCGAGCCUGGAGGUACCGCAGUCCAAGCCCUUGUCGCCCGGUGAGGUGCUGGGGUGCACGGCGCCGGUGCUGAAGGAACGAAAAGACGCCAUAGUGUUCGUCGCGGAUGGACGGUUCCACCUCGAGGCCAUCAUGAUUGCGAACCCGACGGUGCCGGCGUUUAGGUACGAUCCGUAUCAGAGGAUUCUCACCAGGGAGGAGUACGCGCACGGCGAGAUGAGACGGGUCAGGAGGGACAUGGUGAACCGGGCGAGAGGGGCGAAGUCGUUCGGCAUCGUGCUCGGGACGCUCGGCAGGCAAGGAAACCCCGCGAUACUGGAGCAUCUGGAGAAACGCAUGAAGGAGAAGGGUAUCCCGUACACGGUGUUUCUCAUAUCAGAGAUGAACCCGCACAAGAUGAGCUUGCUGAAGGGUGCGGAUGCGUUCGUGCAGAUUGCGUGCCCGCGAUUGUCCAUAGACUGGGGGGAGGAUUUCACGAAACCGGUGUUGACUCCGUACGAGGCGGAGGUGUGCCUGGGUGGCGCGCAGCCGUGGUGGGAGCAGGAGGGCAAGGAACCGGGUGAGGAAAACACGCCGUACCCGAUGGACUACUACGCGAAGGACGGCGGACCUUGGACGAGCUCGUACGUCAAAUCGAAGCCGCCGAGGGCGGGGAGCAGGAGGAGAGACAAACCACCCGUCACAGUCGCCGUGGAAAGCUAGUAG